AUUCUCAGCGACCGCUGAUGUAUGACUCCAUCCAAGAGCGAAUUUGGUGCUGUGCAGCUCGGACAACUUCCCGGAUGGGGAAUGGCCCCAGGGACGACGGAUCGGGUGCGUGCUGUGCCUACCAGCCCCUGUUGCAAGUCGAAUCAGGAGCUGGCGAACCGAUUCUUCCAAAAGCUGCUGCUCAC